UUUCCACAACACGGAAAUGCGGUGCAGCAUAUUGUUCUGUUUCUCCAGAAAUAAAUGUUUCUCUUUGCCACAGACUGCUAAAUUACAUCUAGCUCCAGUUAUGAAAGUGAAUGUCAGUAGCUUAAUGUAAGAGUGUAUAUUGCCAUUCAAGUGUUAAAGAAAACUCACGGAUAUAACGAGUUUGGGACAUAUCUAAUCUGUUGAUGGUAAAUGCUUUCCAUUAAUCAUCAGCACCAUGGAACCCACAGCUUCUGGAAUGUUCUGUAACAGAAUGCUUAGCAUGGUAAACUCUGAGGAUGUCAACGCCAUCAUCCAAGCCCAGAGGCACAUGCUGGACCGCUUUGAGAAGACCAAUGAGAUGCUGAUCAACUUCAAUGGACUUUCCAACGUGCGGCUGCAGCAGAUGAACGAACACUUCCUGCUUCACACACGCACCCUGGUGGAGAUGAAGAAGGACUUGGACAGCAUCUUUAGGAGAAUCAGGACUUUAAAGGGCAAGAUCGCCAAGCAGUACCCAGAGGCCUUCAGCAACGCCCACGAGUCGUCGGUCCUGGAGGACGACGAGUUUGAUCCCAUCCCGCCCAGUGUCGCCACGAUGAUCACCGCCACCAUGUCGGGGCAGAGCACCGAGUCAUGUGACACGAGCCCCGACGUCAUUUCCCCGAAUGUAAGCCGGUGUUCCGAAGACCUCUCCCAGGAUCAGGCCGACACGCCCACCUCUGACCAAGGCCUGCCUAGCCCUGAAACGGACAUGCUGAGGGACGAGGGCCCGGACUCAGUACCUGCAGAGUAGAGCCUCUGUAACCUAGGCCUAGAGCGCUACUCAGUACCUGCAGAGUAGAGCCUCCGUAACCCAGGCCUAGAGCUCUACUCAAUACCCAUAGAUUAGAUAGAAGCAGCAGGAGGUCAAUGUGAUUGAUUUGGAUUUUAGAGUUUUGGCCAGUUAUCGGGGUUUGUCGGGUUUGAAUCAGUAGCUGAUUUGAUGGUCAGGAUUUAAACCAGCACACUGACUGCUGUUCACUUGUAAAUGCCAAGAUUGUGUCCAAAGAUCCCUUUUGUUAGACACGCUUGUCCAUCACUCGCCACUAACAAUGAAGAAGAUACUUGAAUAUGUGUUGUGGUUGUGAAGAACUGAAUCCUUAAUUACUGACCACAGGAGGACUGCACCCAGCUACUCAUUUGUUUUGUAUGCACAGGAGUCGCUCUCUCAUUAAUAAUGGUUGAGCGUGGAAAUAUGCACUCAUUUAAAGAGGUAGUGAGCUUUGUUGGUCAUGGGUAAGCCUAUUGGAAGCCAGCUAAUCGCAAUAGUACGGCCUACCAAAAUAUGUUUCCAUUUUUUUUAGUGACACACCUCCGUGUUAUUUGCCCUAUUAAAACUAGAGCCUGACCGA